AUGCAUUUGCUUUUACUAUGCGGGCCACCGCAUUUCUUUUUUUUUUUUGCGCAUAUAUACGAAUAUAAAUAUAUACAUGUUGCCUGCAAUAUUUUCCUUGAUAGGCUUCUGGUGAUGAUGAGGAGGGCAAAGAAGCAACAGUUUGACGGUACCAACUCCAAGGCCGCCACUGUUGUAGGUGUGGCAUCUGCAACUGCUGGGUGCAGGGGCGGAAGAGUUGUUGUGGAGCCCAAGGGCGAGUCUGAAAUUGCGGACAUCUUUGCUGCCAUGCGGGAGAAGCUGCAUCGAGACGGUUGCCGCAGCCGAAGUGGUGGCGACUCUAUUCAGCGGCGCAAAGAUGUUAAAACUGCCUCCCAGUGUGUCAGCGACGGCUUGUAUCACGCACCGGAGAAGACGCUGGAGUUGAGUGAUCCGGCAUUCUUUGAUGUGGCCUCGCAGCGACAACAGAAGAAGAAGAAGGCCAACGCAUCCACUGCCACCAAAUUUCCAGAGGAGGUGCUACGACGUGAGGGUGUGGAUCGCAUUGUCACUCUGGAGGAGCUGCGAGGUAUCACGUCGUCGAACCCCAAAGCAGGCACGACCGCCAAUUGCCCUUUUGACUGCGAUUGUUGCUUCUGA